AUGUCUUUGGCACAGCAUAUCGAUCCGGAGGAGCUUGUUGGGCAGCUUCACGAUGCCCACAUCACUGAAGGCGGCCACCAUCACCUCCGCAAGAAGAUGGCAACGUCUCACCUCACCCCUUACGGCACACAGUAUGCAAGUCAGGUAGACGUGCCGAAGUAUCGGCUUCCACCGAAUGGUGCGCCCUCUGAUACCGUCUACCAGAUGCUCAGAGAUGAGCUUGACCUCGAUGGCAAGCCAAACCUAAAUCUUGCCAGCUUUGUUGGAACCUAUAUGGAACCGAAUGCCACCCAGCUGAUGACAGAGAACCUUGCAAAGAACUUGGCGGAUAAUGACGAAUACCCUGCGAUGAUGGCUAUUCACGAACGUUGCAUCAGCAUCCUCGCCCACCUCUGGGGAGCACAGAAGGGAGAGAAGGCUGUCGGUUCUGCCACCACCGGAUCCUCUGAAGCCAUCCACCUUGGGGGACUCGCCAUGAAGCGCCGCUGGCAGGAAAAACGCCAAGCUCAAGGCAAAGAUGCUUACAAGCCGAACAUCAUCAUGGGCGCCAACGCACAGGUUGCUCUCGAAAAGUUCGCGCGCUACUUCGACGUGGAGGCUCGAAUCUUGCCGGUGUCGGAAAAGUCGCAUUUCCGACUGGACCCAGAGCUGGUAAAAGAGAAUCUAGACGAGAACACCAUUGGUGUCUUCAUAAUCCUCGGCAGCACCUACACGGGUCAUUAUGAGCCAGUCGAGGAGAUAUCCAAGAUUCUGGACAGUUUCCAGGAGGAGACGGGUAUUGAUAUUCCGAUCCAUGUGGAUGCUGCAUCAGGUGGCUUCGUCGCCCCUUUCACUCACGCCGGGGUUGGUGGCCCGAAGUGGAAUUUCGAACUUCCUCGCGUCAAAUCGAUCAAUGUAUCCGGGCACAAGUAUGGUCUCGUCUACGCUGGCGUAGGGUGGAUUGUCUGGAGAGACCAAUCUUACCUCCCAGAACACCUCGUUUUCGAGUUGCAUUAUCUUGGAGGCACUGAGAAAAGUUUCACUUUGAACUUCUCGCGCCCUGGAGCCCAAAUUAUCGUGCAGUACUAUAACUUGAUCCAUCUUGGAUUCAAGGGCUACCAAGAGAUUAUGGAGAAUUGCCUCGCAAACGCCCGGCUGCUAUCUAAAAGUCUAGAAGCCACGAAGUGGUACACCUGUGUCUCGGACAUCCACCGCAGAAGCCAGAGGCGGGGUGUUGUUGAGGGUGCAAAGCUGGCAGUUACUGGCGAGCAGAACGAGACGUCUGCGGAUUACGUCGCCGGGCUGCCUGUGGUGUCUUUCCGCUUCAGUGAUGAGUUCAAGAAAGACUUUCCACACAUCAAGCAGGAAUCGGUGUCGCUCCUCAUGCGAGCUCGCCAGUGGAUCAUUCCGAACUACGCACUUCCCCCGAAAGAAGACAAGACCGAGAUCCUACGGGUUGUCGUUCGUGAGAGCAUGAGCUUUGAUAUCUUGGACAAGUUAAUCUCGGAUCUGGUCUCUGUGACUGAAACUCUCAUCGACAACGAUGAGAUCGACCUGUCCAUCCUGAAGAAGCAAAAGCCCGCCGGUUCAUCCACAGCGAAGGCGUCUAGUGCGAAAGAUCAAGUAACGAACGCCUUGAAGCAAAAGGAGAAGAGAAUGGAAGAUGGAAUUCACCGCACUGUAUGCUAG